AUGGAGGAAAUUCAAACUAAUCAGUUGAACGAAGUUUUAUCGUACUUGUUUGAACCUGAACCAACGGAUAAUUCGAUUAAUGGGUCAGAAAAUAGCGAUUCUGAGAGUCAGUCGUCUUCGGAAGAUGAAGGACAUCAAACCUUCGAUGUGGAGAAUGCCUGGCGCCUUCAAACACUUAGUUGCUGCAAAUGUGGCCAGUGUACACUUUCGACGAAAGCUAUCGAAUGUUUUUGCUGCCAUGAAAGAGCAGUGGAGUACGACGAGUACGAUGGAUUACUUUCUGAAGUUGAGCAACAGAGGCAUCAACGCAUUACCACUCAUUCUGACUUUACAAACAAUAUGUUAUCUCAGUCCGUUUUAAAGGUGGAUAUUUGUCGUUAUCUAGAAGAAAAUUGUACUGUGGCCCACAAGGGCAAAACAAAAUUCAAUUGA